CCGGUGAACGAUCCGCUCCUCGUUCUCCUCCCUCCCACCGCCCCUGAGCGCCGCGCCGUGAUUGGCCGCUUGUCAGGAAGAAAGAGCUGCUGUGUUGAGGCCGAGCUCUCAGACACAGGCAGGACCCGGGCUGAUGGAGGAAAACCACCGCGGAGGCGAUGCACACUUUCACCCCCUGCGCGCUCCUAACGCGUUUUGAGUAGCCGAGCGUCAGUGGCAGCACAGACCGAGUGUCCGUGCUCCUGCCGCCGAGGCCUCUGUGUGUGUGUGUGUCCCCCCCCUCCCCACUCCCCUCCCCGGGCUGCGUGUCGCCUGCCUUGCUUGACCCGCUGGAUCUGCUCCGUGGCGACGCAGCCACACAACACAUCGAGGGAUUUGAGUGUUUCCAAGCCGCCCGGAGGAGACGCGCCGGGGCCCGGCUUGUUGCUGCCGGUAGCCGCCGCUAACUGCCGGGGCUCGUAAACAACCAGACAGCGCUCCAACUCCACGGAAGAAGUCCGCGGCGGAGCUCCGUCUGGUUUUGCGCAUGAGGAGCCGCUUACACGACCGAGCCGCACGCAGCUGGUGUCCGCGUGAAAGAGCCGCUCCUGGGUUGCGCGAGCGCGGAUUUAUUUUGACCGGAGCAUCGGACCGGCAGCAGUUUUGAAGCCCCCCCCCCCACACCCCCCGCAUCAGUGCCAUGAAUCAGCCUGGACAACAGCUGCUACCCACAUAGAGGUCACUUCACCUCUCUUUCCAUUUGCUUUGGUCCAGAGGAUGCUGGUAAUGUGUCGCGGGCGCAGGAAGUUCCUGGCGGCCUCCCUUGCCCUGGUCUUCAUCCCAACACUCACCUGGCUUUACCUGUCCGUUGGGAGCUUUCAAGUGAAGCCCCUCCCUCUUUCCCCACUGGAACUCCAGUCAUCGACGGCCGUGGGCGGAGCGGGCGAGCGGCAGGCCCUGGAGCUGCGGGUGCGGGCGGUGGAGGAGGAGAACCGGGCUCUGCGCCGGGAGCUCAGCCAGCCGCCGAGGAGCCCGCCAGCGCGCCUCCCAAACGGCAGUCACCGUGGCAACCAGAGCCGUGCCCACUCAGAGGAGGGCACCGGCGACAAUGAGGGCCAGAAAGCGGCAGCGGUGGGGAACAGUUCCGACUGCGUGCAGCAGCCGGUUGUGGAUAAAUGUGAGACCAUCCACGUGGCCAUCGUGUGCGCAGGUUACAAUGCGAGUCGAGACGUGGUGACACUGGUCAAAUCCGUCCUUUUCCACAGGCGGAACCCUCUACAUUUCCAUUUCAUCACAGACUCCAUUGCUCAGCAGAUCCUGUCCUCUCUGUUCCACACCUGGAUGGUUCCUGCCGUCAGGGUUGAUUUCUACGACGCAGAUGAGUUGAAGAGUGAGGUGUCAUGGAUCCCGAACAAACACUACUCUGGGAUCUACGGCCUGAUGAAGCUCGUGCUCACCAAGACGCUGCCGUCCGACCUGCAGAGGGUCAUUGUUCUGGACACAGACAUUACCUUUGCCACUGAUAUCGCUGAACUCUGGGCUGUGUUUCACAAGUUCAAAGGUCAGCAGGUUCUGGGUCUGGUGGAGAACCAGAGUGACUGGUACCUUGGGAACCUGUGGAAGAACCAUCGGCCCUGGCCGGCUCUGGGCAGAGGCUUCAACACCGGGGUGAUUUUGCUUCUCCUGGAUCGGCUACGGAAGCUCAGAUGGGAGCAGAUGUGGAGGCUGACUGCAGAGAGAGAACUAAUGAGCAUGCUAUCCACCUCGCUGGCAGACCAGGACAUCUUCAACGCUGUGAUCAAACAGAACCCGUUCCUGGUUCACCAGCUGCCGUGCUUCUGGAACGUGCAGCUGUCCGAUCACACGCGCUCUGAGAAGUGCUACAAGGAUGUUUCAGACCUGAAGGUGAUCCACUGGAACUCCCCCAAGAAGCUGCGGGUAAAGAACAAGCACGUUGAGUUUUUCCGGAACCUGUAUCUGACCUUUCUGGAGUACGAUGGCAACCUGCUACGGCGAGAGCUGUUCGGCUGUCCCAGCGAGGCCGACCACAACAGUGAGAACCUCCAGAAGACUCUGUCCGAGCUGGACGAAGACGAUCCUUGCUACGAGUUUCGGCGAGAGCGAUUCACCGUCCACCGAACCCACCUGUACUUCCUCCACUAUGAGUACGAACCCAGCUCUGACAAUACUGACGUCACUCUAGUCGCUCAGCUCUCCAUGGACAGGCUCCAGAUGUUGGAGGCCAUCUGUAAGCACUGGGAAGGCCCCAUCAGCCUGGCCCUGUACCUGUCCGAUGCCGAGGCCCAGCAGUUCCUGCGUUACGCUCAGGGCUCCGAAGUGCUGAUGAGCCGAGGGAACGUGGGUUACCACAUCGUCUACAAAGAGGGACAGUUCUACCCAGUCAACCUCCUGCGGAACGUGGCCAUGCGGCAGGUCAACACACCCUACAUGUUCCUUUCAGACAUCGACUUCCUACCCAUGUAUGGCCUCUACGAAUAUCUCAGGAAGUCAGUGGUGCAGCUCGACAUGGCCAACAACAAGAAAGCUCUGGUGGUUCCAGCCUUUGAGACGCUGCGAUAUCGCCUGUCCUACCCCAAAUCUAAAGCUGAGCUGCUCUCUCAGCUCGACAUGGGUACACUCUUCACCUUCAGGUAUCAUGUGUGGACCAAAGGCCACGCACCGACUAACUUUGCCAAAUGGCGGACUGCCACCACGCCCUACAGGGUGCAGUGGGAGGCAGACUUCGAGCCCUACGUAAUGGUGAGGCGGGACAGUCCCGAGUACGACCGCCGCUUUGUGGGCUUCGGCUGGAACAAGGUGGCUCACAUCAUGGAAUUGGAUGCGCAGGAGUACGAGUUCGUGGUUCUGCCCAAUGCUUACAUGAUCCACAUGCCUCACGCGCCCAGCUUCGACAUCACCAAGUUCCGCUCCAACAAGCAGUACCGGGUCUGUCUCAAGACCCUGAAGGAGGAGUUCCAGCAGAACAUGUCGCGGCGCUACGGCUUCGCCGCCCUUAAGUACAUGACGGCCGAGAACAACAGCUAGCCACCGCUGCUGACCCUCGCACCCCCGGUGAACUGCUGAACACACUCCAGAGCCUGGGGGUGUGGUGGAGGGAAUGGGGUGUU